AUGAAUGAAAGUGAACAAGGUCAGGCGGAUCAGCCCUUAACACCGCCCGAAUGUGCGGCUUCGUUGAUCAGAGUCGGUGACGACAGCGACAGUGGCUCUUUGGCUGACAUGACAGUAAAGAAGGAGCGGAUUCUGUCAUUGUUGAAGGGAGUAACUGUAAAAUACGACAGUAAUGUAGCGCCUUUUAAGGUGAAGGGUGGGGCUGAAAAUGGACUUCUGAUUACAGUAGGAGAGGUUGUGACGGCUUCUGAAGAGCUGCACGAAGAUGACGUUAUCUUCUCAGUUAAUGGAUUGUAAGUUUUGUAGUAUUUUACAGUUUUUAUGUUGAAUUUAAAUGAAAAAAUAAACGAAAUGUAAAUUUGCAUAAAUGGUUUAAUAUUUUAGGCAUUUUCCUGGCAAAACCCUUUUGGAAGCGCAACAAACACUAAAGUUAUUAUCUCUGAACAACUCGGAACUCCAACUAGAGGUCAUUAAUAAAGGUAAACGUCCACUUUAUGAUUAAACGGCGUAUUUUCAGGCGUGUUAACAGCUGAUAUCCGCGAACUCUUCAAAGACCAGACACUGAUCGAGUUGCAUAUGACAAUGCGGGACAAUAUUCUGCUCAACUCUGUGCCAUGUAAGUGUUGGUAUAGUUAUUAUUGUAAACUUUGUUGAUAUGAAUUUAGUUUGUUAAGUUUAUGAAAACCAAUGUUAAUAUAGAGAGCACUUCACUAUCAAUGUUAAUAUUGAUAACAUGAAAAAGAUUGAUUUGAUAUUUAUAAAAGUAGCUGAAUGUUAAAAAUACAACUUGAGCAGUGAUAGAUUACACUAUUUACCAUAAUAUUGUUGAUCUCACACUCGAACAGAUGACCGAGCCCUUUAAUUUACAAUUUAUAUUGUUUUUGAUCACAUUGUUUUUAUAGUAGUUAGUGUAAUAUCAAGGUUUAAAGCUCCUUUCCCGUUCAUAGACAUUCUCAGUUUGUUGUGUAACGCCGUAAGUGUAAUAUGGCUCUGAUGCGACUUUUUCUAGACACUACCCGACCACGGUACACACACGAGGUCGAUGGUGAGGACUACAUCUUCGUGUCCAACGAUGAGUUUCAGCGACUUCAGAAGGCGCACUCCUUCCUCGAGUGCGGCGAGUUCGAAGGUAAUUUAAACAAAGUGGUCAUUUCAAUUUGAUUAGGAGUUUGGACUUUUGUCCCGAGAGUCUCGACUCUUCUUCGCACCCUCCAGCCAAAACGGCCCAAGGUUCUGGAAACCGGCUCUUGGAGUUGGGGAGGUUUUGCAGAUAUGUAAAUUUUGGAAGUAACAAAAAGCGAGGAUUUAGGCUACAUUGUGUUUCAUAUUGUCAUACUUUUUGUCUUUGUCAUCAGUUUUUCAUUUUUCUAAAUUUGAAAAUUUUGAUAUCUUCUAACGUCUACUAUAAUAUAAUACUCUCAAAAUGUAUCUAAUGUACACGUCUUCACUAAGCUUUAACGUAAGCAGUAAUUAAAAUUACUGUUCACCGGUUAAUGCUUUCACAUUAAGGCUUGAAAGGAACAUUAAAAACACGUAAAUGGUUUGUCUGAUUCAAACAUUCGGCCGCAGGGGCCAAAGGGCAGCCGGCUGAAGAGCUAUUAGCCAUUUAGGGGAAAUCUGGGUUUGGGCGCUUAAUGUGGACAUUGUUUUUUGUUUUCAUUUCCGAUUUAAUCGUCCACGACACGAACAACCGGCUGGCAAAUUCAAGGAGUGACCAGUAAUUUGAAUAACAUAUUUAGUUUAACAGCAGUUAUUACUUAUUAUAUCUUAGAUUUUUAAGUAGUUUAACUUAAUUUAGGUGUUAUUAUAGGUCACAAGUUUUUUAAUUCAAAUUAUUUUUUUAGAUUUUUUUUCUCAAAAAAUACCUAAGCAUGCCUUUUUCCUAAGUCAUAAGAACAACAUUUAUGUUUUAUCCUAGGUUAGUAAGUCUUUUGUAAUGUUUCUUUUCUGACAGUUAGAUGCUCACGUUGUUCUGUAGAUCCCCGAAGGUAUUGCGCGACAAAUCAUUCACUCAGCUGACCCAUUUUAACUUAAAUAACUUACGAUCACAAUUACUUUCUUGUUACUUUCAAAGGUCUAACGGUAUGUAGUCACGUUUUAAUGUAGUUCCGAACGUUCUUUGACGUUUCUGAAUGCAUAUGUAGUGGGUCACGUUGAGGACGUCAAAUGUUGCAAUUCACGUUUUGAAUGGGAGAUAUGGAAGGUUAUAUUUGGGAUGUCAGAUGUAUUAUAGUAGGCCACUUUUAGAAUGACAUUUCUUGUCAAAUUGGGGUUAUCUUCGUAUAUUAUAGCAAAACAUAGGAUGUUCCUCAACAUAUCAAACCCUCCGUAUGCCACUUUUAUUCAUACUUUCACACCAUCUUCCAAAAAACCCCUCCCCGCUUGAGAUGUGAACAUAUUUGUCUAAGUCGCGCAUUCCUCGCUUGUAUUCCCAUAUCGGUUAUAUCUGAUUGUUUGGUAUCCACAAACAUCGGAAUCCUAGCCACAGCGAAUGCAAAUGAGGAAUGACCUUUGACGAGAAACAUUAAAUGCCGAGACAAGGGCUGAAUGUAUAUGAGGGGACAGACAGGGGGGGGGGCGCAAGAAAAUCGACUCACCACCUCCGUCUUCCCUCCUCACCUGCGCGAUGUUGUUUUUGAGUGUAGUUUGUUUGAAGAUAUCAUGUCCUCUAUUGUAGCACCAAAGUAAAGGAUACCGUGUCCUCUGCUGUAUCACUAAGCAGCAAGAUACCACCGCUCUCUAUUGUAAUAUCGUUUUAUCAGCUGGCUUGCCAGCUCAUUUUCUCUUUUAGCACAUUUUAUUCUUAUCGCGAGCCGAAACGAAGAAGUUUUGGUUUCCUUGUAUGUUUAUAAACUCUCAAAGGUUUCGGCCGUUCAUCUGGCGGCACUAAUGCGAGAUAUCUGCUCAUUGUUUACGGCAUAGGGUCUUCUGUUGUAUUUACGCGAACGGCUACAAAAUCUGCUUAUCUGAUUGGAAAACUUUUACUUUUAGCUCUUUAGAACAACAUGUUCUGGUAUUCAAAUUAAUUUUCGUGUUAGGACCCUUGUUCCCAUAGUAAAAAGUUCUCAGAUGACCUUAUUGUCUCCCUCACCGGAUCAAUUAACCGGAUGUCAGAGGUGGCAGAAUCAAUGCAAAUCGUGUGUAAACAUCGCUCUUUGCUAUCGCCUCGUCCUCCUCGCUUUCUUUCUCUAAACGGCGACGUCUUUCUGAGGGACCUUAUAGGGAAUAGGCCAUAUUAUAAUAAUCGUCCGAUCUAUUUAAAUGCGACUUUUUUGAAUAAUUUCGAUAUUUUUAGCAGUUUUUUACUGAAUUUAUUAUUUUCUGUUUGUUGGGUGGGGAGAAUAGUCUUCUUGUGUGGACUUUUCUUAUAAUUUACUUAUUAAUUUUUUGGGUUUUUAUUGCAAAAACUAUUUUUAUAGCUUUGAGAACAUUGUAUAUACGAAAAGACUCUUGAAGACAUUGGGAAUACAUUCCCUUCUCAGGCAUGAUUCACUCCUAUAAAAACGAUACUGUACAUUAAAUCAAAAAUGUGUUUUCGUAUCUUUAUAUUCAGUCCAAAUUAGCUUUCGUAUCUGUAUAUUGAGUCAAAUUAAUUCUGAUAUUGCAUAUUGAGCCAUAAUAUUUUUUCGUAAUGUACUACGGCAAAAUUUUACUCUUAUAAGGCAUAAUUUUUACUGUCAUAUGACAUAUAUAUGAGGUUGAACCAAAAGUAACGGGACACUUUCCAUUUAUUUUUCAGCUAGAAAGUUACGUAAAUGAAGCUAAAUUUCAUGAUUCUUAAUUCCAGGCUACUUGUACGCUACGCCGCGACCCAAUGCGAUAAUGAACGGUGACCCCAAGGGACCUUUGCCACCCAAUUGGGACAUCUCUUACACGGAUUCGGGGGAAAAGUACUUCAUCGAGUAAGUUUGACUGUUUUUUUGAAUUUACUACAAUUAAAAGUCAACAUUGUUGUUUAUUGCAAUUCAAUAGCACGAAGCGUGCUACGUUCGAAGUGUUACUUCUGUUCCAAAUUUGUCAUACACUAAAAAUAAAAUUUUUAUGGGCUUAAAAGAGUUAUGUUUGUAACAUUUCAUGCUUAUAGAUUUAAAAAUUAUAGAAACGUUUUAACACUUUAAGGUGAUUUACAUAAAGAUUCUUAUUAAGAUUGAUACCUAUACACAACUUAAAUAACAUAACUUUAGAAUCCACCUAAAAACCGAAAAAUGUAUAUAAAAUUACGAUUUACUCUGUUAAUUUCAGUCAUAACAACGGUACAACACAGUGGAACGAUCCCCGAGAUACGGUUGUCUCGAACGGACACACCAAUGGGUACCCCUUCCUUAACGGCACGGCUAAUGACACCUUCAAAUUGAGUAGUAAUGGCUACGAAGAAGCACUUCCCGAUGGCUGGGAGAAGGUCGAGGACGAAGUUCACGGCACGUUCUACGUCGAGUAAGUCUGUUUAUUCGUUUGUUAAUGUCUAAAAGAGUCCUUAAUGCCGUCCUCUGGGCUAAUUCAAUUCGUUUACAAUCUUGACCACUCCAAGAACGCCGCAGGAAAUUGUUUGAGGCAUUGUUGGCGACGGCAUGAUUAGCGUAGUAAUUGUUCUCCGCCAUAGUGCAUGUCGUAUUUCGGGGAGGGAGAAGAUGUCGUGGGGGAAUGGGUUUAUCUUCUACUUGUGGAUAUCUACUUUCUAUAGAUUUGAGUGAUAUGAGUAGUGAAUCCUUGAUUUAUGUUUAUUUACAGUAAAGUUUGAAUAGCUUUUUCGUCAAUCAUAACGUUUUUACUUCGAAAACCACAAAGCUUGGUUACUGUCAAUUAAAUAUUAAAGAGAUUAACUAUCAGUCUGUCACUUUACGUAAUUGAAGCUCAUUUUCGAAAGUCGCAAUUCAUUUAGGGCCGAGAUUUGAGUUUAGUGGGUAAUAAAUCCCGGCCUUGAAGCUCGCCACCGUGGGCCUGAGGCUGAAUUGUCGCCGAUUUUAUUUGUUUAACGGUUUGUUUUCGGGAUUUCUCGCCUCUUAACAGUAUGAUUUCUCGUUUUCCCUCCGGGCAUUUGGUAAUUAAUCUUGUCCGCAACUUGAAUCAAGCUCGUUUUAUUCCCUUUAUUUCAUCUUAAGACCCCUCAGGCCGUUUACCAGGACACACCGCACAAAGCCCGCUUGUUGAGACAUUGGUCCACACAUGAUGCGCCUGAUGGGGCCAUAGUCGGUUUCAUGCGACGCUUCAAACGGCGACAACAAAAUGCCAAGUCCAAUGGAGGGUUGCCGAGUCGCUUCGUGAGCGGUAGCGUGCCGUCGCUUCUACAACAUCCUCCCCUAGAUACCUCUGCCUUGAUUAGAAAUUUGGUCUACUCUCAAAGGUUUGGACGCUUUCAGAAGCGCAGUUCAUUAGCAAUGUUUACUUGGCCGAGCCAAAGCUUAAAAGAUUAAAACUUUUUAUAUUUUAUGAGCUAUCAAUCACUUGUGUUUAGAUACAAUGACAUGUUGAAGGUGCUUGUUUUAAUAUCAUAAAACAAGCCUUAUCUUGGAGACGUUUUAAUGGGUAGAAGAUGACUUUACGUAAUGUAAACAAAGCAUUAUUUUAGUGACAAGGACACUUUUAGUUUUGAUCAAAAACUUAAAAAUUACUUAAUCAAUUCUAAAAACUAACUAAACUUAAACUUUUCAGCCACAUAAACAAACGAACACAGUACGAGCGUCCGUCUAAGCAGAAUGGCUACGUUGAGACGGGGGUAUCGCCCAACUCUUCGGAACCAUUACUACCUGCGCCAGUACAGCAUGGGCACGCUGGAACGUCAAACGAAAACGGAUGGCACGUUAACGGUAGCGGAUUCACAUGUGAUCCUGCUCAGCUUAAGGGCGAACUCAUCACAACACGUCUGACCAAAGGUCCUCAAGGUCUCGGCUUCACGUUGGUGGGGAACGACAGACAUUCCAUUCAAAACGAGUUUAUUCAAAUCAAAAGCGUUUUGCCUCGAGGGCCUGCAGCGCUGGAUAAUGUUCUACAUACAGGCGACGUACUGGUCUAUGUCAACAACGAGCUUAUGCUAGGGGCUAGUCAGGACACGGCCUGUAGGUUGCUGAGGUCUGUGGGGGUUGGUGAGACUGUCACGAUUCAGAUUUGUCGUGGAUACCCACUGAUACUGGAUCACACAAACAAAGUAAGAGUUUGCUUAAAUUAACAGCUACUUGAUGCUAUUGCUAAAAUAAUGUCAUAACUUCAUUUUACAAGAAAAUAAUGUAAUAUUUUAGGUUUAUGACGAAGCCAUAUAUUCUUCAACUUACGCUCAAACCAACUUCCAAGCACGAAACUCUGAGAGAAUCGAAAUCAUGAUAUCCAAAAGCCAAGGUGGCUUUGGCUUCACAAUCACUGACAGCCUACAAGGUCAGAGGGUGAAGAGCGUGAUGAAGCCAGAUCAGUGUCCCAACCUGUUAGAAGGUGACUUGAUCAUAGAGGUUGACGGAGUCAACGUGCUCGGUAUGAGUCAUGUUCAAUUGGUGCAAUUUUUACACGAACUGCCUAUUGGGUACAGUACGACGAUCAUUGUGACAAGGCAAUCGCCGAGGUUAGGGUACGUAAUAGCAUGGAUUUAAAGAAGAUAUCGACUAAACGUGCAUAUUUGAAGUCAUGAACAAAGUAAUGAGUUAAAAAUUGUCUUACAUAAUAUUUCAAAAGGAACAUUUUUAGAAGGUCGCGAACGCCAACAGCCGGCUUCAAGUUUGGGGAAAAAACGAGGAGUACUCCGCUGCCAUCUCUAGGACCGCGCUCUAAAACCCCAGCACCAAGCCUAAAGAGAAACAACUAUCAACAGUCAACGUUACAAAGAGUAAGUUAUUACCUAAAAUCUUUUUAAUUACUUUAAUCACUUUAGUAUUAAUCUUUAUCUUUCAAUCUAACACACCUUAAUUUAGUCUCUGCACGAUGAAAUGAUAGAUGAAUUCGCCCAACUACGAGGAACAAUGACCAGAAAUGGCUUCUCCUCAACUCCUGACUACAUUCCGAUAUCGUCGUUGUCUCCGAUGAUAGAUUCUACCUACAAGUUUAUCACCGUGAACUUGAUUCAACACAACGGUGGAUUCGGCUUCCGACUGGUCGGGGGAGUAGAGAUGGGUGUACCACUCAAAGUUGGCAGUGUGGUGAAAGGUGGAGCAGCUUUUCAAGAUGGUCGACUGAGAGAAGAAGACGAGAUUUGUGAAAUCGACGGCAAAAAUGUUGUCGGUUUUCAACACGAUGUUGUUGUAGCCUUGAUAAAACAAGCUGCACUGCGAGGCUAUGUCAAAAUUCUGGUCAAGCGACGUCAGCGAGGUACGGUGUUUUAAGAUUUCAAACUUAUUAAUGAUUUAAGGUUUAUAUAAGUAUUCUUAUAUCGUUUUUUAUUUAUGAUAACAGAAACGUUUUCAGACAACUAUGGCACCCUCAGAUCUAACUAUCAGGUAUCAAACUACGCUGAUCCCCGUCAAUUUCUACCAUCCUCUUUAGUGUAUGAUGUCGUACUCAACAAGAACGAGCACGAAGACUUUGGUUGCACGAUCGUCCCAGGAAUCUACAGAUUCAUCGGUAAAGUGAUCCCCAACUCUCCGGCUGCACGGUCAGGCCGGCUACAGGCUGGGGACUGUGUGGUAGCCAUAAACGGACUAGCUACAGACGAAAUGUCUCAUCAAGAUGUCAUAAACUAUGUCAAGUCCUGCAGAAAAAGCAUAGUGUUUACUAUCGACCCCACCAAACAGAGGAAUCUGCUCAUGGGAGAUGGCUCUGCAUCCCCCAUGUCCAUCCUACGAGAUACUCAUUCACCUAUCAGCACGACUAACAUAGUGCAAGGCAAUGGCCUACAGUACUUAAAUGGUGUUGAAAAGGUAAUAUACUUUGCUGAAUGACAUUUUCAUACAACGUAAUUCUCAAAUGACAUUUUAAAUUGACUUUUUCAGGAUUUCAAGCAGAUCCAGCUCGAACUAAAGAAAGGUGCUAAAGGCUUUGGAUUCUCGAUCCGUGGAGGGUUCGAAUUCGAGAAUAUGCCAUUGUUUAUUCUUCGCAUCGCCGAAGAUGGACCCGCUGCUCAAGAAGGUACCUUACGGGUUGGUGACCAGCUCGUGGAGAUCAACGGAGAAUCGACCGCCGGUAUGACCCAUCAGAAAGCCAUAUCACUCAUUAGGGAACAAAACGUCGUUCGACUGGUCGUUAGUCGCCCGCAUGUACCUAAGUAA